AUGGCGCUGGCCCUGUUGGAGGACUGGUGUAGGAUUCUGAGUGUGGAUGAUCAGAAAUCACUGAUGGUUAUGGGGAUCCCAGUGGACUGCAGUGAGGAUGAGAUUCAGGAGGUCCUGCAGGAGACUUUAAAGCCUUUGGGCAGGUAUAGACUCCUUGGCAAAAUAUUCCGGAAGCAGGAAAAUGCCAACGCGGUGCUGUUAGAGUUGCUUGAGGACCCUGAGGUCUCUGUGAUUCCCAGCGAGGUUCAGGGCAAGGGAGGUGUCUGGAAAGUCAUCUUCAAGACCCCUAACCAGGACACGGAAUUUCUGGAAAGACUGAACCUCUUUCUAGAAAAAGAGGGACAGACAGUCUCAGGAAUGUUCCGGGCACUUGGGCACCAGGGGUUGUCUCCAGCAGCCGUGCCCUGCAUCUCACCAGAGUUACUGGCCCAUGUGUUGGGACAGGUGGUAGCACAUGCCCCUCAGCCUCUGCUCCCCAUGAGGUACCGGAAGCUGAGAGUGUUCUCAGGGAGCGCCAUGCCUGCCCCCGAGGAAGAGCCCUUUGAAGUCUGGUUGGAACAGGCCACUGAGAUAGUCAAAGAGUGGCCGGUAGCAGAGGCAGAAAAGAAGAGAUGGUUGAUGGAAAGCCUUCGCGGGCCAGCCCUGGACCUCAUGCACAUAGUCCAGGCAGACAAUCCAUCCAUCAGCGUGGAGGAGUGUUUGGAAGCAUUUAAGCAAGUGUUUGGGAACCUGGAGAGCCGCCGGACCUCCCAGGUGAAGUACCUGAAAACCUAUCAAGAGGAAGGAGAGAAAGUCUCAGCCUAUGUGUUACGGUUAGAAACCCUGCUGCGGAGAGCGGUGGAGAAGCGGGCGAUCCCCAGGAACAUCGCUGAUCAAAUCCGCCUGGAGCAGGUCAUGGCCGGGGCAAGCCUCAGUGAGGUACUCUGGUGUCGACUUAGGGAGCUGAAAGACCAGGGCCGGCCUCCCAGCUUCCUGCAGUUAAUGAAGGUCAUCCGGGAAGAAGAGGAGGAAGAGGCCGCUUUCGAAAAUGAGAAUACUGAAGAGCCGGAGGGAGGGGAUGGCUAUGGCCACUGGGGUAACGAGGCCAAUGACUAA